ACAUCGGAUCCAUUACUGCACAUCAUGCAAUUACUCCAGCUCUUCCUCCUUUCGGCUGCUUUCCCCUCGAUGAUAGCAGCCACUCCCUAUUGCCCGCCUCGAGCAGCAUCUCUCCAACAGAAACGCGCAAUUCUCCAGCAGUACAUACAGAAGCUCUAUAUCGACCGGGACCCUAUCCGCGCUGUAAACGACCACAUUGCCUUGGAUCUCAUACAGCAUAACCCGAAUGCCCUUUCUGGCCGCGAAAACACUCUCCAGUCGUUGGCCUUCAUCUCGCCUGACACGGUCAACUUCACAAUCACCCAUCUAGGAGUAGAUGGGGACAUUGGCUUUGUUCACUCAAGAUUCGACCUGGUUGGUGCAGAUCAGCCAUCUGCGGUGGCAGAUUUUUUCAGAUUCAACGGAACUUGUAUCCAAGAGCAUUGGGACGCGAUUCAAGAGCGAACUGAGAAUCGCAGAAAUCCUCUUGAUCUGUGGUAGUUCGAGGG